UGUUCUUUUUGUUUCUUGUAUUUUUAGUUAAAAAUGAGUGAAAGUGAAAACUCUGAAGAUAGUUUCUUUAUGGAAGAGAAUGAUUCAAAUCCAGUUUCUAGUGCAGGAGUAAAGGCGGAAGAUACAGAGCUGCUUGAGGAAAACGGUUCUGGAAAGGAAGUUGACGAUGAGACCUUUAUUGUGAGUGAAAGUGAAGAUGAAAAGAAAUCAAAUGACAAGAAAGUUGUUGCAAGCAAUACGAAGAGAAAAAGCAAGGGUGAUGAAGAGAUUGAUAAUUCAAGCGAUAAUGAUGAGGAUGAGGAUGAGGAUGAAGAAGAUGAUAUUGGUGAUAGUGACGACGACGAUGAUGAUCUUGGUGAGAUUGAUGAUGAUGAUGACGACGACGACGACGACGACGACGACGGGGACGACGACAGCAAGGAUAGCAUAGGUGAAGUAGCUCCCAUUUUAGAAAAACGAAAGCCCUUGACCAAUGCCCAAAUUGAGGAAAUGAACAAGCGAAUCAAGAACACUGGAGUCGUCUAUCUGAGCACCAUUCCUCCAGGAAUGCGCUGGACGCAGGUCAUGCAAAAACUGAAGGAGUUCGGCGAGAUCAACCACAGUCAUCUCCAGGAAGCGGCUGGGUCUUCCAAGCGUCGAAAGAACCAGGUGAAGUUUGUGGAAGGCUGGGUGGAAUUUGUGAACAAGAAGGACGCAAAAACGUGCGCUAGCCAGCUGAAUGGGCGGAUUGUCGGCGGCAAGAAGUCCGGAAAGUAUCGCGAUUAUAUGUGGAAUAUGAAGUAUCUGCAUGGCUUCAAGUGGCCGCAACUGCUGGAAAUGAUGAACUACGAGAAGCACCUGCGGAACGACAAGCUGAAAUCGGAGUUCACGAAGCAGAAGAAGCAGGACGAGAAGUAUUUAGCCAACGUGUCGAAGUCGAAUCGGAUGAAGCGGAAGCGCGAAGCUGGAGAGAAAGCGGAGACGCCAAAGAAGCCGAAGAAGGAAUGA